CCCUCUACCCCCACAUACCAAACUCGGAAGAGACUCAUGGCUACUUGAAUCUCUAAAACUACCAGACUACACUUCCAUAUAUACAACAAAUCUCGCUCUCUUUCUCAUCCUUUUGUACCUAGAAAACAUGGCUGGGUUGGGAGUAGAGAACACUGUCGUUUCAGCUCAACUUAUAGACAACAAAACUCUAGCAGAUUUUGAGCCUGCAAACAAACCUAAAAGAAAUAUGUUUGCUUUUGCUUGUGCUGUACUUGCUUCCUUAACUACCAUCUUACUUGGUUAUGAUAUUGGAGUGAUGAGUGGAGCUAUAAUCUUUAUAAAAAAGGACCUCAAAAUCAACGAUGUUCAAGUUGAAAUCCUUGUCGGUAUCCUCAACUUGUGCUGUCUGGUUGGUUCAUUCGCAGCCGGUAGAACCUCCGACUGGAUAGGCCGCCGUUACACCAUCGUGUUGGCCAAUGCCAUUUUCUUCGUGGGAGCUCUCCUCAUGGCCUUCGCAACCAACUACGCUCUCCUCAUGUUCGGUCGUUUCAUCGGUGGUAUAGGCGCCGGCUUUGCCAUCAUGAUUGCUCUUGUUUAUACUGCUGAACUCUCCCCUGCUUCAUCCCGUGGUUUCCUCACCUCAUUCACGGAGGUUUCUAUUAAUGGUGGUAUAUUAUUAGGGUACGUUUCGAACUAUGCAUUUUCGAAGCUACCAAUGAACUUAGGCUGGCGAUUCAUGCUCGGCGUUGGGGCAAUUCCAUCUGUUUUCUUGGGUGUUGGGGUUCUGGCGAUGCCAGAGUCGCCGCGUUGGCUGGUCAUGCAAGGUCGACUCGGUGAAGCCAAGAGAGUGCUUGAUAAAAGCUUGGACAGCAAAGAGGAAGCUCAGCUUAGACUCAAUGAUAUCAAAGAAGCAGUUGGGAUCCCUGCCAGUUCAACAGACGAUGUUGUUCAAGUCCAAAAGCAAAGCCAUGGAGAAGGCGUGUGGAGAGAGUUGCUUGUAUACCCCACACCAGCUAUCAGGCAUGUGUUGAUUUGCAUCAUCGGGAUUCAAUUCUUCCAGCAAUCGUCCGGCAUAGAAGCUGUCGUUUUAUACAGUCCAAGGAUUUUUGAAAAAGCCGGGAUCACAUCAUCAAAUGAUAAGCUACUCGCCACCGUAGCUGUCGGUUUCGUCAAGACAAUCUUUAUCUUGGUGGCCACGUUUUUACUCGACAGAAUCGGACGGCGUCCGUUGCUCUUAAGCAGUGUGGGGGGCAUGGUCGCGUCAUUGGCUGCAAUCGCAUUUUCCCUAACUAUCAUCGAUCAUUCGGAGGAGAAACUAGUGUGGGCCAUUGGACUGUGCAUCACAAUGGUUUUGGCGUUCGUGGCAUUUUUCUCGAUUGGGAUGGGACCCAUAGCUGGUGUCUACACCUCGGAGAUCUUCCCGUUGAGGCUACGCGCGCAAGGGGUGAGUAUGGCAGUGGCGGUGAACAGGGUGACGAGUGGGGUCACCGCUAUGACGUUUAUUUCCUUGUAUAAUGCAAUCACAAUUGGCGGCGCCUUCUUCUUGUUCGCUGGGAUAGCUGCCAUGGGUUGGGUGUUUUUUUACACAUGUGUGCCUGAGACACGAGGGAAAACUCUUGAGGAAAUGGAAGGGCUUUUUGGUAAAUUGGUCGGUUGGAGGGAGGAGGCUAAGAAGAUGAAGUCAACGGUAAUGGAAGAAGAAAGCCGUCAGGUUCAGUUAGGAAAUACUACUUCCGACUGCCGCUAAGGUUCAAUGAUCUUAGGGUAGUUUAGUAAAAAUAUAUAUAGAAGAUUGGAAGAGUAGUUUUAAAUUUUUAUUUAUCCCAUCCCUGGUUUUUCUUUGCGAGGAAAUGAAGUUGUGAGUUAUGACUCUCGGAAGUCGAAAAUGGAAAAUGCAAGGAUAAAACCUUUAUGCAAUGGAAAAGGAUCAACACCUCUGCCUAUCACGUUAAACAAA